AUGGGGACAGAAUUGAAAAAGGCCUUUAGUUGGGAGAUAGACAACUUCUCUGAAAGGACGGAUAUGAUCAAGUCGGAUCCCUUCUCAAGCGGCGGCUGCAACUGGUGUCUUAAGGUUCAUCCCAAGGGAUACAUUGGUCAAGAUGGCUUGAUUCUGUUCCUGGGAGUGGGAGAUGUGCAUCCUGAAUCACUGAGACGUGGAUGGAAAAGGAGAGUCAGGUUUUGCUUCGUUUUCCUGGAUCAAUCCGGCCAAGAGCUCUACAGAACACCUCGCGAAGACAGCUCUAGAUUGUUCUGCCAUGAGGUCCCAGGCUGUGGUCGCAUAAUAAAAUUUACUCUUAACGAGCUUCAAGAAAAAGGGUUUUUGGAGAACAACCAACUAAGAGUUGAGAUCUACAUGAACGUGCUUGAAGUUGUUCAUCAAGUAGAAUCAACCGUGAAUGAUAUGGUAGAUUUUCACGGUGUCCAGAUCCCUGCUUCUCAAUUUGGUCCAGUGGACAAGACAUUCAAAGAGCUCCCAGACUUUGGUUUAGAUCUCGAACUAAAGCGUAAAGGGUCUCAAAGAGGAUACAUGAAGCAACUCAUCUGCCUCAUCCAGACGCUAAUCAUCAAGCCUCCACAUAGCUUGUCUCUGCUUGAACUAAGCAAUGCUCAAAGCGACUUAUCUGUUCUGACGGAAGCAGGCUUCAAGCUCGACUGGUUAAGGUCAAAGCUGGAGGAGGCUUCCUUGGCGAGAGAGAAAGCACGGGUCCAGCAACUCGAGGAACGGGUCAAGAAUGUGGAAUUGGAUCUGUCGGAUCUCAAAGUUGAACUGGAGAAGGAGAAGAUCAAAUCUGCUGCUAUAGUUUCUUCGUUUGAGUUCAUAGAUUUUCUAAUAAAGAGAGUCUUUCUCUGCUGCUUCUCAAUUUCAAAGCACUAA